AUGAGCACGGAUACGGAAAGGGUCGACGUACUUGGCAGGACUUUCCAGAAAAUCUCCAUCGAUGAUAGCAUUUACUUCGCGCCUGUCGCUAUCGACGAUCGUGAGGAAGAUCGAUUGGCCGCUCAGCAUGACAUAUUCUCAAGGCUUCUUGGGGAUAGGCUUAUCACCCGCAAGAUUCCCCUGGCAGACCCUCGCAGAGUCCUUGACUGCGGAUACGGUAGCGGCGACUGGUGUGUGCAAUUUGCCGAGGAAUAUGAGGAGAGCGAGGUGACUGGCGUUGACAUCUUCCCUUUGCACGUAGCAGAUCAACCCGAGAAUUUGACGCUUUGCGGUUACAACCUGAACGAUCGUCUUCGAGACCCCGAUGUUUUCCAGGCCCGAGCUUACGAUCUCGUACACUCCCGAUUCUUGUGUCCUGGCAUAAAAAGCAAUAGAUGGCCGUCGUACAUUGGUGAUAUAAAGCUCUUGUUGAAGCCAGGCGGCUGGCUCCAGAUGGUGGAGUACUAUCCCUUGAUCCAGUCUGAUAGUGGAAGACUCACAGAACAAGCUGCCGUGAGACGUUGGUGGUUGGCUUACGAGAGCUCUAUGCGGAGACUCAACCGAGAUCCCAGAAUAGGCCGCAGAUUACAGCAAAUGAUGGCCGAGAAGGGCUACCGAGAUGUCCAGGUGGAAAUCGAACGAUUGCCUAUAGGCGGUUGGCAGUCAGCUAAUGGUACCUCGGCAGAUCCUGUCAAAUCCAGUAUUGGUAGAGAUGCGGUAACAAUGAUGUCCGAUCUUCUCGAAUCACUUGGUCUCUGGCCAUUUACCGCCAAUCUCGGCUGGACUGCUGCCCAGUAUGAUGAUCUCAUGAGUGAGAUUCGCUCAGAGCUUCAGAAUGAAGAUCUGAAGUUGUACAUUGAUAUUUUCGAUCAGAUGGAUGGGGUGUAUCCCAAACGUGAUGUCAGACUAGCUCAGGUAGUGCUCGACAGCGGAACUACCCCCAGAAGCUCCAUGAACAUUCCCGCAAUCAUGCUCGACGCCACCUAUCGACUCAAUUUUCGCGAACUCUGA